GUGCUGUGAUGACUUGCGGCUAUAUAAAUGAAGACACGAGGAGGGAUCAGAUCUCGAGGACGAAGCGACAUCUCCGCGUCCUCUCUCUCCUUUCUGAGAAGGCUCGGAGGGAGGAGGAUGUUGCUGCGGAGCUCAUCCACGCCAUUCCUGCACCCCUUCUUCCUCUCCUCUUCCUUCCCCUCGCCCACCUCCUCCCUGCAGCUCCGGCGAGCCUUCUCCGACAGCCACAUCCCCUCCCUCUCCACCCCGAGCGACGCGGGAGCCGGCGGCAUCAGCAGCGGACCCUCCUCCGGCGGCGGCCUCCGCACGGAGCUCUCCUUCUCCGUCUACAACACCGUCGGCGGCGCACCGCUGGCGUCCCAGGAGGAGCCCCGCCACGGCCUCGGCCUCGACCAGCAGCACGACGGAGCGGAGCUGCUGCAGGAGCAGCGCACGGCGCAGCCGGACCACCCGGAGGUGCCGCUGUUCCUGGCGAGGGGCCUCGGGAUCGACCGCAUCGCCUCCGGCUUCUUCACCGCCGGCAAGAGCACGGCCGCGGGAGGCAAGGGCGAGGCGAUGGGGGGCGGCGUGGAGGAGCGGGCUGCGCUGCGGGAGCAGGACGAGGAGGCGGCCGCGCUGGACGCGCAGUACAAGCGCAUGGUGGACGAGCAGCCCGGGAACGCGCUGUUCCUGCGCAACUACGCGCAGUUCCUGCACGAGGUGAAGGGCGACGCGAUGAGGGCGGAGGAGUACUACUCGCGCGCCAUGCUGGCGGACCCCGGCGACGGCGAGAUCAUGUCGCAGUACGCCAAGCUGGUCUGGGAGGUGCACCGCGACCAGGAGAGGUGCCUCGGCUACUUCCACAGGUCCGUGCAGGCCGCCCCACAGAACAGCCAUGUCCUCGCCGCGUACGCCAGCUUCCUGUGGGAGCAGGACGACGACGACGACCUCGGGGAAGGCGAGCAGGGCACGGGUGGGGCUGGAGCGCCCGAUCUGCGCGCUGCAACUACACAGCAGGCUGGGCAGGUGAGGGAACUGGCUUCGGCGGCCGUCUGAUCCCGUCAGGGGCAGCGUGGCGCGUGCAAGCGAUGUAAUUUAACCUGAAAAAUGGUUGUAUUAGUUGGCGAAUAAAUAAGGUGGCAGUUGGAGCGUGAGCGUUGGAUGCUGGAUAGCAUGUAAACCUUGUGAUAGUCUGAUGAAGAUCAUCAGGUUCCAAGUUCUUUAGUAGUAUUGAUUUCGUGCUGCCUCUGCCAACGAAGGAUGGCACCUCGAUGGUGGGUCACCGUCAGACUCGCAUCGCAGGACGCCGUUAUUUCUGCAACUCUAAAAUCUGUACUACCUCCAUUCAAUAGAAGUCAACUGACACACUGAAUGAGACUA